AGACUGCCUGUUCAUCAUGUCUUCCAUUCUUGGGAAGAUGAAGAAGUUUGGCAGCUCUGAUGUGGAGGAAUCUGACGUGACAGAUGAACACACGGAUGGGGAGGACUCCCUGCUGGAAAUACCUGACCACCUCAACACCAAGGUGCAGCCACCCAAAAGCAGCAUCUUUGCAAGACGUGGGCGGUUCGUGAUGGGAGAUAGUGACAAGGAUAUGGCACCCAUGGACUCCUUGUACCAGAUGGAUCACCUGAUGGCACCUUCUAUCAUCAAAUUCCAUGCCAAUUUGGAGAGGGGGAAACUUCACAAGCUCCUAUCUACUGAUUCCAUCACAGGCUGCUCAGAAAAAGCUUUCAAAUUCUAUGACCGCAGAAGGAUCUUUGAUGCUGUCGCCCAAGGCAACACGAGUGAUCUGGAUGAUCUGCUACUCUAUCUUAAUCGGACCUUGAAGCAUCUCACAGAUGAUGAAUUCAAAGAACCAGAAACUGGAAAAACAUGCUUAUUGAAAGCCAUGCUGAAUCUGCAUGAUGGGAAAAAUGACACUAUUCCACUGCUACUGGAUAUUGCAAAGAAAACUGGAACUCUGAAGGAGUUUGUUAAUGCAGAGUACACUGACAACUACUACAAGGGCCAAACUGCGCUUCACAUCGCUAUUGAACGAAGGAACAUGUACCUGGUGAAGCUCUUGGUCCAGAAUGGAGCAGAUGUUCAUGCAAGAGCCUGUGGGGAGUUUUUCAGGAAAAUCAAAGGAAAACCUGGCUUUUAUUUCGGGGAGCUGCCUCUGUCCCUGGCUGCUUGCACCAACCAGCUCUGCAUUGUGAAAUUCCUCCUUGAGAAUUCCUACCAGGCAGCCAACAUCUCUGCUGAGGACUCCAUGGGCAAUACGGUCCUGCACACGCUGGUGGAGAUUGCAGAUAACACUAAGGAUAACACCAAGUUUGUUACCAAGAUGUACAAUAACAUACUGAUCCUUGGUGCCAAAAUUAACCCUCUCUUGAAGCUAGAAGAACUCACCAACAAGAAAGGGCUGACACCAUUAACUCUCGCAGCCAAAACAGGAAAGAUAGGGAUUUUCUCUUACAUCCUCAGACGAGAGAUGAAAGAUCCAGAAUGCAGACACUUGUCAAGGAAGUUCACCGAAUGGGCCUACGGACCGGUCCACUCAUCUCUUUAUGACCUGUCUUGCAUAGACACAUGCGAGAAAAAUUCAGUGCUUGAGAUCAUUGCCUACAGCAGUGAAACACCAAACCGGCAUGAGAUGCUGCUGGUGGAACCUCUCAACAGGCUGCUGCAAGACAAGUGGGACCGGUUUGUCAAACACUUAUUUUACUUCAACUUCUUUGUCUAUACCCUGCACAUCAUCAUCCUCACUGCAGCUGCCUACUACAGACCUGUGGAGAAGGGGCAAAAGCCUCCAUUCACAUUUGGUCACAGCACUGGGGAAUAUUUUCGAGUGACUGGAGAGAUCCUGAGUGUACUGGGAGGUCUCUAUUUUUUUUUCAGAGGGAUACAGUAUUUUGUGCAGAGGCGUCCAUCAUUCAAGACACUGAUAGCUGACAGCUACAGUGAGGUUCUUUUCUUUGUUCAUUCCCUGCUCCUCCUGAGCUCUGUGGUGCUGUACUUCUGUGGCCAGGAACUCUACGUGGCCUCCAUGGUCUUCUCCUUGGCUCUGGGCUGGGCUAACAUGCUGUACUACACCCGUGGCUUCCAGCAGAUGGGCAUUUACUCUGUCAUGAUUGCAAAGAUGAUCCUUAGAGAUUUGUGUCGCUUCAUGUUUGUCUACCUAGUAUUCCUCUUGGGAUUUUCCACAGCUGUGGUGACUUUAAUUGAAGAUGACAAUGAAGGGCAAAAUACCAGUAGUGCUGACUAUACCCGAUCCUGCCAUCCUAAACGAAGCCGUACUUCCUAUAACAGUCUGUAUUAUACUUGCUUGGAGCUUUUCAAGUUCACUAUUGGGAUGGGGGACCUGGAGUUCACUGAGAACUACAGGUUCAAAUCUGUGUUUGUCAUCCUUUUGGUUCUCUAUGUCAUCCUUACUUACAUCCUCCUGCUCAACAUGCUUAUUGCUCUGAUGGGAGAAACUGUGAGCAAAAUUGCACAGGAGAGCAAGUGCAUCUGGAAACUCCAGAGAGCCAUCACAAUCCUGGAUAUUGAAAACAGCUACCUGAAUUGUUUGAGACGCUCAUUCCGAUCUGGGAAGCGAGUCUUGGUGGGGAUCACACCCGAUGGCCAAGAUGAUUACAGAUGGUGCUUUAGAGUUGAUGAAGUGAACUGGUCCACGUGGAAUACUAAUCUGGGCAUAAUCAACGAAGACCCUGGGUACUCUGGGGAACUCAAACGAAAUCCCAGCUACUCUAUUAAGGCUGGCCGAGUUUCAGGAAAAAACUGGAAAACACUGGUUCCUCUUUUAAGGGAUGGAAGCAGGAGAGAAGAGACACCAAAGCUACCAGAAGAAGUCAAAUUAAAACCCAUUUUGGAACCUUAUUAUGAGCCAGAAGACUCCGAGACAUUGAAGGAGUCACUUCCAAAGUCAGUGUAAUUGUAGUUUGUUUAUAGAAGAGAUUAUUCUAGUUGCCUGUAUUGGUACUUAAAAGCACAGAAUUAGAGCACGUGGUUCAUAAGAACAGAGAUU